GUUAGUUCUCGCGAGAACGGCGCAUUGUUGUUGCUACAGAUACCAUAGCUAGCACUCAGCCAAGCUAUCUAGAUUUCUGCAGUCUUUCGUUUCUGUUGGACUGCGAUGGAUGUUCUCGGGUGUCUAGACGAUGCAGAGAGGCCACGGCAUCAUCCUUUCUUAAUCGGGGUUAGCGGAGGAACCGCUAGCGGCAAGUCAACAGUUUGCGCCAAGAUCAUGGAGCUCUUGGGCCAAAACAAGGUGGACCACCGCCAGAGGAAGGUGGCUAUUAUAAGCCAAGACAGCUUUUACAGAGUCCUGACUCCGGAGCAGAAGGCAAAGGCGCUGAAGGGACAGUACAACUUUGAUCACCCAGAGGCGUUCGACAAUGACUUAAUGUACAAAACCUUGAAGGACAUUGUGGAGGGAAAGGUGGUUGAAGUGCCAACGUAUGACUUUGUCACCCAUUCCAGGCUGGAAGACAGGAUCACAGUUUACCCAGCAGAUGUCGUCCUCUUUGAGGGGAUCCUGGUUUUCUACCCCCAGAAAGUGCGUGAUAUGUUUCACAUGAAGCUCUUUGUGGACACAGAUUCAGACGUCAGACUGUCUCGCAGAGUUCUGCGAGACAUGAGCAGGGGGAGAGACCUGGAGCAGAUUCUCACGCAGUACACGACGUUUGUAAAGCCUGCUUUUGAGGAAUUUUGUUUGCCUACGAAGAAGUAUGCAGAUGUCAUCAUUCCAAGGGGAGUUGACAACAUGGUGGCCAUCAACCUCAUCGUGCAGCACAUCCAAGACAUCCUGAACGGAGACAUCUGCAAAUGGCAGCGUGGGCCCAUCAACGGCCACGGGCGGGGCUUCAAACGGUCCAUUUCUGAGCAGGGUGACCUGCAGAACGGAGCCACGAAUCCUCCAGGAAAGAGGGUCCUGAUGGAGCCCAGUAGUCGGCCUCACUGAGACUGUGUGGAUGCAUGGGUGGAUGGAUGUGUCCAGACUGUGAAGACGAGCGUUGAGCUGGGUUUGCUGCUACUGAUUUGUCCAGAGUGGGUUAGCAACUGCGAUGCCGGUCUCGCCCUCUGCAGCCUUCUUUUAUUUUUAACUUUUUAAAAUAUUAUCCACAGUAACAGUGUUGCAAGCACUUGCUGCUGCAUCAUCUUUGUAAUUGUAAUCAUUGGAGCAGAACAAAUAUGCAAAUAGUUUGCUUUUCACGUGUAACAGUCUUCCAUGACACUCUCUGAUUUUUUUUGUUUUUGUUUCCAGUGUUAACUAUGGUCCGACAUCCUGUUACUGAAUUGGAGGGUAAUACGGUCGCUGGUAGCAAGUGUUAUUUCAAAGCUUAAUUUCAGUCACGCUUUUGCACUUUGACCUUAGUAGCUUUUGCUUUUUUGUUGCUUUAAAGGGGAUUAAUAUAUUUAAAUUAUAUUAAUACUAAUGUAUUGUAGUUACGUUGCUUUCCCUGUUUGUUUUUAAUAACUUAUUAAAUUCAAAUUAGGUCUAGAUGUGUGUUUCUGUAGCGUCACACUGAGUUUGGUAUUGAGUGCUUCCUUUUGAUUAUUUAAUGCUGAAUACAUGCCUUAACUUUUUUAAGUUAAUUUUCCACGCACCAUUCUGUACA